CCUCCUACCCAGGUCUCCCGCGGCCAACAUGGCGGCCCCCUGUGUGUACUGUGGUUUUGCAGUUUCGUACCGGCUCUUUCUCGGGGGUACGGCUGCCCUGGCUCAGAGACAGGGCAUCUGGAAAGCUGGGGCUGCUGAACUGCAGUCGGCUAUCAGAUACCAGGUAUUAAGGCAAAGACACACAACUGUAACAAAGAAAAAUGUUGCAGCCUCAAGAAAUAAAACUUACACAGUGGAUUUUAUUAAAAAGCAGAUUGAAGAGUUCAACUUAGGAAAGAGACAUUUAGCCAACAUGAUGGGAGAAGAUCCAGAAACUUUUACCCAAGAAGAUAUUGAUAGAGCUAUUGCUUACCUUUUUCCAAGUGGUUUGUUUGAGAAGCGAGCCAGGCCAGUAAUGAAGCAUCCUGAAGAGAUUUUUCCAAAACAAAGAGCAAUCCAGUGGGGAGAAGAUGGCCGUCCAUUUCAUUUUCUCUUUUAUACUGGCAAACAGUCGUAUUACUCACUAAUGCAUGAAACAUAUGGAAAGCUACUAGAUACAGAAAAACAACAAGAUCAGUUACAAGCCAAAGGUUUACUUUCAGAAAAAACUAAUACCACAGACCUGAUUGGCAGCAGAUGGCUGAUUAAGGAGGAACUGGAAGAAAUGUUAGUGGAAAAACUGUCAGAUCAAGAUUAUACGCAGUUUAUUCGGCUGCUAGAAAGGUUAUUGACAUUGCAGUGUGGUAGUGCUGCAGAAGAAUUUGUUCAGAGGUUUCGUAGGAGUAUAACUAUUCAAUCAAAAAAACAGCUGAUUGAACCUGUGCAGUAUGACGAGCAAGGAAUGGCCUUCAGCAGAAGUGAAGGUAAAAGAAAGAGUGCAAAAGCAGAAGCAGUUGUUUACGAGCAUGGGAGUGGUAGAAUAAUUGUAAAUGGAAUCAAUUAUCUCCUUUAUUUCCCAGUGACACAGGACAGAGAACAGCUGAUGUUCCCUUUUCACUUCCUUGACCGGCUUGGAAAACACGAUGUGACCUGUACAGUCGUGGGGGGCGGACGGUCUGCGCAGGCUGGAGCGAUACGUUUGGCAAUGGCAAAAGCCUUGUGCAGCUUUGUCACUGAAGAAGAGGUCGAGUGGAUGAGACAAGCUGGCCUGCUGACUGCUGACCCACGUGUCCGAGAACGGAAGAAGCCAGGCCAGGAGGGCGCCCGCAGAAAGUUUACCUGGAAGAAGCGCUGAGUGUACUUCGCAGGAACAGAGAGGAAAACUGUCUGUGUGCUUGGCAUGUGGCAGACAAGCAAUAAAUAAAUACUUUGCUGGCCAAUGUGAGAGCAGUACUACUAGACAUAUGAAUUGUGAUGUGAUUUAUUUUUAAAUGCUACUUUGUGAAGGAUAAAUUUUAAAAAGCAAU